CCUUGCAAGAUUAUGCAAAAUAAUGUAUUAGUAAAUAACGCUGUACACGCAUGCGCAGUUGAACGCACAUUUUAAGCAAAAUCGAUAAUCUUUAUCACUACAUAGUUGCUGUCAUCUCGCAUUGAAAUGUGACACAACCAUGUUUAAACAAACAAAAACAUUUCUGUUUAGUCUGAUAGCUUGGAAGAUCAUAAUACUGUUGGAAUAGCCUCGUUGUGAGGUAGCAGAACCAUUGUGCAACUAGUCAGAUCACGAUGUUGCGUAAACACACAACGCUGUGAGUCAGUUAAAUUUUCAUAUAAAUGAAGACGCAAUGGUAAGCAUAUGGUGGUAACGAAAAUAAAAACAUAAUAGCCAGGGUAAUGGAUAUAUCGCGUUUGCUACUUCCGUUUUUAAUGAUUGAAAUUAGUAUUGUAGUCGUGUUUAGUUUUGAUUGUCGAGAAUGUAAAAUCAACGCAUGCGCAGACAAAGAAACGCGAUGUUGUAAGGAGUGUAGUUUACAAGUAAUUUGUCUCAAGGAUGAAAUUUUUGCAAGUUUACCGAAAUGGAGUGGUAUUUUUCCAUUGAAUGACUUAUCCUUAGCCGAUCGUCAUUGUCUUGGUAGAGACAAUGGAACGCAUUACAUAUUCAGCACGUCUAUUAAGGAAUGCAAAACGAAGAGAAUUUUAUUGUCAGGACAUCAAAUCAUGUACAAAAACGAUAUACGCCAUCAAAGUGGCGCACCUUUGUAUGUAUUGUCUUGCUUAUACAAACAAAAACUAAGAAAAAAAGCAGCAAUACGUGUUCGAGCAAACGAGCCUUUACACCAUACUUCAAUAGAUGGACGUAGAAAAAACAAGAAUAUCAUUUAUAUUGAAGAGGACGAUUAUGUAUUUUUUGAAGUCAAAGCUCCACGGUUUACGCGCCUGACGGGAUCACAAAUGGGCGUGCGCAGUUGUUCGUUAGAUAAAUUAUCAGAUAAAUCAGAAAAGAAAAUAGAAAGAAGGGAUAAAGUUAUUAAGAACGGCUGUCCAACCCGCAAAGAAGUUCAAGUUCUUCAACACACAGAAGAAAGUUUUUGGUUCUCGGUUUAUUUGCAAAAUGUGAAUCCAAAUCAAAAUGAGACGAUUGUGUUAAACUGCAAAAUUAUGUUAUGUCCUUACUGGAGAAAGACACAAUGUUUACCCUCGUGUAAUCAUUAAAGCUUGUUUAGAUGUUUUUCACCUUUCAUGAAUCAAAGGCGUGUCAGUGAGAUCGACGUCACGUUAUUUCCUGGACAAAGAAUCAUAUAUAGAAGUACCAGACUGCCCUAUUAGUUAAAAAUUUACAAUGUUUGGUAAAAAUUAAUUUAUGUUUUUUACUUUUUAUAUUUGUUGCAUAUUGCACAGACGUUUUUAUGUUUCCUGUUACCACGCGUUAAGGUGCACGUGGGCAGCGUUUACGUUCUUGGCAAGAAACACAGGAAAGAAGGGACAGGGGUAGCCAACAAAACUUUUUAAAAAAAUCAAGAACAACUUAAGAACAUUUUCACAUUUUCCAAGAACAUAGACCACGCAAUCAAACAAACAGUAAAACCGACAAAUUUAUAAGGGAAAAAAGUAAAUUGUACAAAAGUUCUCACCUAGUCCUCCUUCGAAGCGGCUAAUUUGAGUACCCUCCUCAUGAGAGGCGUAAAAAAUUGCAAGUUGGAACAUUGUAUCUUGUAGAGAGCUGAUAGUUUGAACCAACGCGACAUCAUCAGGCACGUAUUUGAAACGCGAAUCUCUAAUGCCAGCUACGAAGUCUUUUAAGCUUGUAACCAUAGGGUUAACCAACGCAUCGUUGUACAAAACAUCGGUAUAGUCGUUUCUCACAUUGUUAGGGGAAAUUUUACUCCCUAAUGCAAAAUAAUAGGAAAUUUUGUUUAGUACAUUAAUUAAUAAACAAAGGGAAAGAAAAUAGGGAUUUUAAGAGAUGAAAAUAGUGUAUUAUCAUUUACGUUUUCUUCAAACUGUAGUAUUAUUUAAGAGCAGGUUAAAUAGAGAGUUUAAAUUUGAAGUAGAAUACGGAAUAGAACCCUUCAGCCUUUCGUUUUUUGCAAAAUAAUAACAUAUAAGAACAGAAAGUAAAAGAAAUAUUUGCUUAAAAGGAAGAAAUAAAUCUUACCCAAUACUACAAGAAAACAAGUACAAAAUAUAACUACAAAAUUCUUCAUCAUGAUCAAAUGCGCAAUCUUUUAUUUACUUUAUCACUUUACAACCAUUGUAUAUAUACUGAAUUAUUUUGUGUAUUUUUUUUUUAAGAAAAGAGAAAAAUAAAUUUCCCUCUCAAA